UCUGCGCCGGCGGGUCUGUUAGGCUGUGACUUGCACUGCUCAGUGGACGGCAUUCCGAACGGUGCCGGUUGGGAUGGCUGAGCAAAAUGGGGACAUUAUCUAACAGCGAGCUGAAUGAGUGGAAGGAGGUGAAGUCGGCCGGAGAAGUGGAAACUCGGAACGGAUCGUGGAACCGAAGGGCGUCUCUGGCGUCUCGGAUGGAGACCCGGAAAUGGCCCACAGUGGGGUUAUCAUCAACCUUCAUAAUGAAACUUGAACAAGACUCUGGGCAUAAAAACGCGCCGACAAUCCACUAUACCUCCCUCCAAUCAUCAAUCGUAGCGAUGGACUCCCACGAGGACAAUGCGGAUUGGGGCGCAUGGGCGUCGGUGCCCUGGAACCCCGUGACCGAUUCGCCGACGAGCACCGCCGAGACGCUCGGUUGGCACAAAUCAGGCGUACCGUACGUGCCGCGAGGGCAAGCCGUCGCCCUACAAACUCUCGACGUCUGGAUUCCCGCCGCCGGCAUCACCACCAAUCCCCUUGAACCAUCCUACCUCCCCAGCCUUCCAGGCACGUGGAUCGUCUACAUCCACGGCGGCGCCUGGCGCGACCCCUUCAUUACGUCCGCCUCCUUCACCUCGGCCGCAACCAACCUCCUCCGCCGCGUCACCACCACGGCCACAACCACACAAUCCACACAAUCCAAACCGUCCGCUGCCCGCAUCGCAGGCCUCAUCUCGCUCAACUACCGUCUCUCCCCGCACCCGUCCCACCCCUGCCCCGCGCCAGACCUCCCCUCCCGCCAGGCCCGUCACCCAGACCACAUCGCCGACGUCCUGACCGCGCUCGCCUUUUUGAACCGCCUCGGCAUCCUCCCCAGUGACAGUGACAGUCCGUGGAUUCUGGCAGGCCACUCCUGCGGCGCGACGCUGGCCUUCCAGUCCGUCAUGGCCCCUGCUAGGUGGGGUUUAGCACAGGUCUCAAACCCCACCAAGCCGCGCGCCAUAGUGGGCUUCAACGGGCUGUACGACCUGGCGGGGUUCAUUGCGGAACCGCCGGCCGCGCACGCGCACCUGCGCGAGGGGUACAGGGAGUUUGUUUCUGGCGCGUUUGGGGCGGAUGACGAGGGCGUUUGGAGGGCCGUCUGUCCUGCUACGGCAGGGGAAGGGUGGGUUGGGGAGUGGAUUGGUGGUAGUGGUGGUGGUGCUCGGGGUAGGAGGAGGCCGGAGGCCGUGUUGGUGCAGAGUUGGGAGGAUUCGCUCGUGCCGUAUGAGCAGUUGGAGGCGAUGCGAGGCAGGUUGGAGGGGGAAGGGAAAGGUGUGGUGGAUGUCAGGGUUGUAGAGGCCGGUGGGGAUCAUAAUGACAUCUGGAGUGAAGGAAUAAGGAUGGGUGAGAUUCUGUGGGAGGUUGUUGAAGCUUUGUCAGUCGCUUAGGCCAUUUUAGCUUGGGUGUCACAAGGGAGGGUGCCUCUGUUGACUCGUGUCGAGGGCGUUGCUAGAUGGAAUCGGUUAGAGAUUGGAGACGACAUGCCGAGUUCGGACGGCAGUCGACGUUAUCGUUGGCAAUUGCAGGAUUUCAAGAGCAUCUCUCCUUCAGGGUGGGGACCUUUAAGUCACUCUCCGGAAACGAUGCCCGCGUGACGUCGCGUGGGUAGUUGUUCAUGUUUCUGCCGCCCCACUCCAAGCCAAUUAAUCCAAAACGCGAGAAC